CAAGCAGACAGCUGUGCUUUAUUUUUAGCAAAUGAAAAGUUUUCACGCAUAAUUUCAAGUGAUCUCCAAAGAGCGCGUAUUACUGCCGCAACGAUAUAUAAGCAUAAUAUUCAUAAUUCAGCGAUUGCAUUACAUAUUGAUGAACGACUUCGAGAGCAAUAUUUAGGUGCGCUUGAAAAUAAAUCAUGGACAUCACAGGCCUCGUCUGUCCAAGAAACAAUUCGUAAUCGCCAACAUGAAUAUGGAGAAAGUCUCAAUGACGUGGCUGAACGCGCAAAAAAUAUAUUAAUAGAAAUAUGGAACGAGCAUCUUGAAUCCAAUUCAGAAAAUGAUCAAAAUAUCGCAAUAGUUUCGCAUGGAAUUUGGUUGAACGAAUUCAUCAAUUUGUGCUGUAAAGAAACAUCACCCUCACUUCCUUUACGAAAUAAUAAAUUUUUCAACACAGGAAUCACAACCAUACAACUUACACGAAUAAAUUCAAUAAACGAGGAUAAUCAUCACGAUGGUGAUUUUGAGAAAAAAGAGAAAUUGGGAUUUUGUAUGAAAAUUAUACGGGAGAAUUAUAAUGCACACUUAAAAGGAAUAAUAAGACAACGAGGUAUCGGAAGCGCCGUAUUUGAUGAAAGACAGACUCAAUUGGGGUUUUAUAAUAAGAAUUUCAUGAUUCGAGAGAAUCUAGUUAAAGGAAAGCUUGUUGGAAAGAUUUCUAAAACUAUUGUAGUACAUGGAACCAAAGUAAAUUCCCUGAUACCUUAUUAA